AUGGAGUAUGGGAGUGGAGGCGGUGGCUCUCAGUCUGCAGGGGAACACGAUGCUUCCGAUUCCCAGGAGAAGCGAAAGCGCUAUCAUCGUCAUACUUCCACCCAGAUUCAGAGGCUUGAGUCAAUGUUCAGAGAGUGUCCCCAUCCAGAUGAGAAGCAAAGGUUGCAGUUAAGCAGAGAGUUAGGCUUGGCCCCUCGACAGAUCAAGUUCUGGUUUCAGAACAGGAGGACCCAGAUGAAGGCCCAGCACGAGAGAGCUGACAACUGUACUCUUCGGGCUGACAAUGACAAGAUACGCUGCGAGAACAUAGCUAUCAGAGAGGCUUUGAAAAAUGUUAUCUGCCCCUCUUGUGGUGGCCCUCCCCUCAAUGAUGAUUCCUAUUUUGACGACCAAAAGUUGCGAUUAGAGAAUGCUCACCUCAAAGAAGAGCUUGAUAGAGUAUCCAGCAUUGCUGCCAAGUACAUUGGAAGACCAAUUUCCCAGCUCCCUCCUGUUCAGCCUAUUCAUUUAUCGUCUCUCGACUUGUCGAUGUCGUGUUUUGGAAACCAAGCGAUGGUUGAUCAUGUUCUUGCACCUUCUCCUUCCCUUAAUCUCGAUCUUCUCUCUGCGGGGACUUCCUCUUCUGUGCCAAAUUUUCCUUAUCAGCCUCCUUACCUUUCGGACAUGGACAAGUCCCUCAUGUCCGAGAUUGCUUCCAAUGCCAUGGAAGAAUUACUUCGGCUGGUGCAGACAAAUGAACCCUUGUGGCUCAAGUCCAACGUCGAUGGGAGAGAUGUCCUUAAUUCUGAUUCCUACGAUAGAAUUUUCCCCAAGCCCAAUAGUCGCCCCAAGACUCCUAAUCUUCGCCUUGAGGCAUCACGAGAUUCUGCAGUCGUAUUAAUGAAUAGUUUGGCUUUGGUUGACAUGUUUAUGGACCCAAACAAGUGGAUGGAACUUUUUCCCACUAUUGUCUCAGUUGCAACGACUAUUCAAGUCAUAUCUUCUGGGAUGAUGGGUGGUUCUUUGCAAUUGAUGUAUGCGGAGUUGCAAGUGCUUUCUCCCCUUGUUUCUUCUCGGGAGUUCUACUUCCUUCGCUAUUGCCAGCAAAUUGAGAAAGGUACAUGGGCAGUGGUGGACGUUUCUUACGAUUUUCCUCAAGACAGCCAUUUUGGUCCGCACUUUAGGUCUCGUCGUCGUCCUUCUGGUUGCUUGAUCCAAGACAUGCCGGACGGGCAUUCCAAGAUUACUUGGGUUGAACAUGUAGAGAUCGAAGACAAAACUCUGCCUCAUCGGCUUUACAGAAAUCUUAUUUAUAGUGGGAUGGCAUUUGGCGCUGAAAGAUGGCUUGCAACUCUCCAGAGAAUGUGUGAAAGACUUACAUAUCUGAUGAUUACAUCCGAUUCAACCGUGGAUAAUCCUGGAGGAGUAAUUUCAUCCGCCGAGGGCAAGAGGAGCAUGAUGAAACUAGCUCAAAGGAUGGUCACGAAUUUUUGUGGCAGCAUUGGCACUGCAAGUGGCCGGCGAUGGACCACAAUCUCCGGGUUGAAUGAAAUAUUAAUCAGAGUCACAGUCCACAAAAGCUCAAAUCCUGGACAACCUAAUGGUGUGGUGCUAAGUGCAGCCACUACCAUUUGGCUCCCCACCCCUCCACACACUGUCUUCAAUUUCUUCAAGGAUGAAACAAAAAGACCUCAGUGGGAUGUUCUUUCCAACGGUAAUGCAGUGCAAGAGGUUGCCCAGAUAACCAAUGGUCAAAAUGCUGGUAACAGCAUAUCAGUUCUUCGAGCUUUCAACACGAGUCAAAACAUGUUAAUACUCCAAGAGAGCUGCAUAGAUUCGUCUGGUUCACUUGUGGUUUAUUGCCCGGUUGAUCUGCCAUCGAUCAACAUAGCAAUGAGUGGUGAAGACACUUCGUGCAUUCCAUUGCUACCAAAUGGGUUUAUCAUUUUGCCAGAUGGGGAGACGGAGCAGGAAGGAGAUGGAGCAUCAACCAGUUCAAACGCAAACAGGAACAAGGCAAGGUCUGGGGGUUCGCUAGUCACAGUUGCAUUUCAGAUUCUAGUGAGCUCCUCGCCAUCUGCCAAGUUGAAUAUGGAAGUGACAACUGUUUGUAAUCUCAUUGGCUCCACUGUCCAGCAAAUAAAGGCUUCAUUGAGUUGUCCUACCUAGUUCUUCAUUGUUGGAUCUUGGAUUCCUAACAUUCAUCAAUCUGCUCAUCCCUCUUUUUUAUUCCUCUACCAUACAUCCUUAAAUACGCUGGUGGUUCAGACAUCAUUGUCUACUUCUACUACUUCUUGGGUUUGUUGGAACUUUGAAUUCCCUCUCAUCUCAUCUCAUCUUAUCUGGGGCACAAGACUCCUCAUUUACUAUUGCUAGCUGUUGGAGGUGGUAGAGCUAGCUGUUUUUUAAUUUGCUUUCAAACUUUUAGCUUCCUUACAUUUCUCAUCAACUACCAUUGUUUUGGCUUUAUGGUGAGGUCUUUAUUUGUUUCCUAUUUUGGUGAUUAGGUUUCAAAGUAGUAGAAUUUUU